AGGGCUUAAGGUUUUUCCUUCUAAAGUGCCUGGUAAAUAACCACCUCGUUGCAGCUAUUCUCAUUUGCAGUUCCGACCCAUUGCAGUUCCGACCAUCACUGAUCGUCAAUAUCAUCUUCAAUGUUCGGCAACAACAGCAUAUCAAUCUCGGUAUCCGACGAAGACUCCGAUGAUCUCGGCCGGAUGCGCGUCCGAGUCCGUCGGAAGCGCAAGAAACCCAGCCACCGGUUCAAGAACGAGUUGGCUCGGCGAGUACUUCGGUUGCUCUUGAAAUACUGGACGCUCCUGAUCUUUCUCCCAGCCGCUGGAUUGCUUGUAUUCGAGGCCUCGAGGAUUGGCAGGAAACCGAGUCUGGUGGUGAAUUCGGAACUUGGUACGGUGAAGAAACCGAGCUCGGAGAAAAAAUCGGAGGGGAAUUUGAAUCGGCUUGAUCCCACGACUCGGGUCGUUGGCGGCGUUAGAGAACGCUGCUUGAAGCUACUUCCUCCCGAAGAACUUGAGCAUCUGGAUGUUCCUGUGGGUGAAGAAUCCACCAGUCCUGUGAAUAAAGUGUUGUACAUAUCAGAGAAUGAUACACUAUCUUUAGUAGGGAACACUGCCCUGUCUCAACAUCGCACAGAAGCCACACGAUUUAAUUUGUUUACUGGAAACCAAACUCUUGAUCAAAGAGACAAAAGUUUCAAGGCGAGUGAAACUCCUAUGGUACAUUGUGGUUUUUACAGUGACAAUGGAGGCUUCAAAAUUUCUAAUGAAGACAAAGAGUACAUGCAAACUUGCAGAGCAGUGGUGUCUACUUGUGCAUUUGGUGGUGGAGAUGAUCUUUAUCAACCUAUUGGAAUGUCAGAGGCAUCAUUUAGAAAGGUUUGCUAUGUUGCUUUCUGGGAUGAAAUUACUCUGAGUGCGCAGGAAUCAGUGGAAAAUAGAAUUGGUGAGAAUGGCUUUAUUGGGAAAUGGCGCGUUGUGGUUGUCAGGGAACUUCCUUUUGCAGACCAAAGGUUAAAUGGUAAAAUCCCAAAGAUGUUGGGUCAUCGUCUUUUCCCUCGUGCAAAAUACUCUAUCUGGGUAGAUUCAAAGUCCCAAUUCAGGAGGGACCCUUUAGGUGUGCUGGAAGCGCUUCUUUGGCGUUCGAAUUCGGUACUUGCAAUUUCAGAACAUGGAGCUCGCAGCAGCGUCUAUGAUGAAGCUAAGGCUGUUGUCAAGAAAAACAAAGCCACCCCAGAAGAAGUAGAGGUGCAAUUGACUCAAUACCGCCGUGAUGGCUUCCCUGAGGACAAGAGAUUUAAUGGAAAGAAAGCUCUAGCCGAGGCUUCUGUCAUUGUGAGAGAGCAUUCGCCAUUGACGAAUCUGUUUAUGUGCCUAUGGUUCAACGAGGUUGUCCACUUCACAUCUCGGGAUCAGCUAAGCUUCCCAUAUGUUCUAUGGCGGUUGAAAGUGCUCAAGAACAUCAAUAUGUUCCCUGUCUGCACUCGCAAAGACCUUGUCAAUAGCAUGGGCCACAUUCGCAAAGCUAAACCCUUGAUUCAUUAGUGCUAUAAAAUCUAGUUCCAUUUACUCAUUGUUAGCUGCAUCCAUUCCUUUUUUUCAUUUCUUUCUUAUUGAAUUCCUUAUUAGCA